AUGAAAUCAUUUUUCAAAAAGCCAGCUUCAUCCUCUCCGCACCCCACCACCACCUCCACCACCCCGAACCCUUCCUCUCCCUCCGAAUCCCAGGAUAAGAAGAAGACCAAGGGAUUGUUUGUGAAGGAACGAGAAAAGCCGAAGCGGCCGUCCAAGUCGCCUCGCAAUCGGCGCAAUUCGGACGAUACCCAUCCGCUGAAUCGCUACGAGCCUGGUGACGAUUUGCGAAGACACAGCACUCUCUCCACCAUGUCGACCGAGAGUCCACGAGACUCCCUUAACGGAGGAGUGCCCGUUGGAUCCGAUCCUAUGGAGACUACGCCCGCACCUGAGGCUCCCGGAGCAUUUCCUACAACCAACGGCACGAAUGGUAAUCAUCAGACGCAAGAGGAAGAGAAGCCAACUCCACCGCCACAUGGCAAAACAACACCUCCACCGCCGCGAGAGAUAAGACCUGAAGACGCGGAGGCGUUCAAAGCUGCCGGUAACAAAUUCUACAAGGCGGGGCAAUAUGCGAAGGCUAUCGAGGAGUACACACAGGCUAUCGAAGCCAACUGGGAAUCCUCGACAUAUCUUUCCAACCGCGCCGCUGCGUACAUGGCUGCCAACCGAUUCCCCGAAGCGCUGGAGGAUUGUAAGCUUGCUGACGAGCUCGAGCCGAACAACGCGAAAAUUCUUCACCGAUUAGCGAAAGUAUACACAUCUCUCGGCCGACCGAAGGAGGCUUUGGACGUCUACAACCGGAUACAACCAGAAGCCACAGCGAAGGAUAAGGCCCCUGCAGUGACCAUGCAGAAACAUCUAUCACAGGUGGAAGACUCACUACGAAGUGGCACAAGCGGAUCCAUGGCAAUAUUUGCGCUCGACCAGGCUGAGAAGGGUCUUGGAUCGACAGUGUCACCACCUCGAAAAUGGAGACUGAUGCGAGGAGAGGCAUACUUGAAGAUGGGAACGGUGAACAGCCUGGGAGACGCCCAGAAUGUUGCCAUGUCACUUCUCCGGGCGAACAACGCCGAUCCCGAGGCUCUUGUCCUACGAGGCAGGGCGUUAUAUGCGCAGGGAGAGAAUGAGAAGGCGAUUCAACACUUCAGACAAGCCAUCUCGUGUGAUCCAGACUUCAGGGAUGCUGUCAAGUAUCUUCGCAUGGUUCAAAAGCUGGACAAAAUGAAGGAGGAAGGAAACGGACACUUCAAGGCUGGCCGAUAUCAACCCGCUGUGGACAUCUACACUUCGGCAUUGGAAGUCGACCCGACCAACAAGGGUACGAACUCAAAAAUCCUCAACAACCGAGCGAUGUGCUACACGAAGCUCAAGCAAUGGCAAAAUGCAAUCGGCGACUGCGACAAGGCGAUCCAACUAGACCCGAGCUAUACCAAGGCACGAAAGACGCGGGCCAAGGCAUUGGGUGAGAGCGGCGACUGGGACGAGGCCGUGCGAGCAUACAAGAAGAUCCAAGAGCAGUCGCCCGAAGAGCCGGGCAUCGCAAAGGAUGUACGAAACGCCGAGUUGGAGCUCAAGAAGAGCAAGCGCAAAGACUACUACAAGAUUCUGGGAGUGGAUAAGAGCGCGACCGAGACUGAGAUCAAGAAAGCAUACCGCAAACUGGCCGUCAUUCACCACCCCGAUAAGAACCCUGGCGAUCCCGAUGCCGAGAAUCGAUUCAAGGAUAUUCAGGAGGCGCACGAGACUCUGAUCGACGCGGAGAAGAGGGAGCGAUAUGAUAGCGGAGUGGACCUUAUGGAUCCGAGCGAGCAGUUCGGUGGCGGCGGCUUUGGUGGCGGUAUGGGUGGCAUGGGCGGUGGUGUGCAAAUUGAUCCCGAGAUGCUCUUCAACAUGAUGGGCGGAGGUGGUGGCGGCGGAGGAGGUUUCCGAUUCGCCGGUGGUGGAGGCUCUCCAUUUGGGGGCGGUGGACGGUCGCCUUUCGGCUGA